CAUACACUCACACACCUACACGCAAGAUAAUCAUGCGCCUGCCUUAUCGUAAUAAGAAGACCACCCUGUGGGUCAUGCUUGGAAUUGUUGUUGUGACAAUGUUUCUAUUCAAAUUUACGGAAUUACGUCCCAUCUGUUUCUUCAGAGAUGAAGCAGUACCUGGCUCUGGUCUAUCAGGGCAAUCAUCGGCCAUGAUGAGAGGAGAUGCGAAAUAUGUCGAAGGCGAUAGCCAGAAAGUCUAUUCAUAUAACAGAGAAAUGCCCCUAAUAUUCAUUGGUGGCGUACCUAGAUCAGGGACAACUCUAAUGAGAGCAAUGCUCGAUGCCCAUCCAGAUGUAAGAUGCGGUCAGGAAACCAGAGUAAUACCCAGAAUACUACAACUGCGUUCACAUUGGCUCAAGUCCGAAAAGGAAUCACUGCGACUUGUGGAGGCCGGCAUCACCAAAGAAGUUAUGAACAGUGCAAUCGCUCAAUUCUGUUUAGAAAUCAUUGCAAAACAUGGCGAUCCAGCACCCAGACUCUGUAACAAGGAUCCGCUAACAUUAAAAAUGGGCACAUAUGUCAUUGAACUGUUUCCCAAUGCGAAAUUCCUAUUUAUGGUACGCGAUGGUCGAGCCACCGUCCAUUCAAUAAUUUCGCGUAAGGUAACAAUAACUGGUUUCGAUUUGACCAGUUAUCGCCAGUGCAUGCAAAAAUGGAAUCAUGCUAUUGAGGUUAUGCACGACCAAUGCAAGGAAAUUGGAAAAGAGCGUUGUAUGAUGGUUUACUACGAACAGCUGGUAUUACAUCCUGAAGAAUGGAUGCGUAAAAUAUUGGAAUUUCUCGAUGUUCCUUGGAAUGACUCUGUACUACAUCAUGAGGAGUUUAUCAACAAACCAAAUGGUGUGCCACUCUCCAAGGUGGAACGUUCAUCGGACCAAGUGAUUAAGCCUGUAAACCUGGAAGCACUGUCGAAGUGGGUUGGCAACAUACCCGAAGAUGUGGUACGCGAUAUGGCGGACAUAGCACCUAUGCUCUCAGUGUUGGGCUAUGAUCCCUUUGCAAAUCCGCCGGAUUACGCUAAAAGCCAAUCGAAGGCUAUGGGAAAAUAAAGCUAAGGAAGUGUUGAAAAUGUCGCCCCAUCAACAACAGAAUGCCAAUGCCGAAGAGGAAGAGGAUAAUAUCAAUGAGACAUUUGCUCCAGGAAAUUCCAACAUAAUCAGCAGUAACAACAACAAUCAAU